GUGCUUUCAUUCUAUGCUUGAAUAACAAUUAUUUGGCGGGUAAUCUGUCAGGUGUUUAUUCGUAAACAUAUUUAGGAAGUUGGAAGACAAUAAAUUUUUAAGUCUGUCAAAAUUUCAACUUUGUAUAAUGUCGUUACUUGAGUUAUGUGAAAAAUAUUUUGGUAGUAAAGAUUUAUAUGAUGUACUUGGAAUCUCAAAAAGUGCGAGUGCGAAGGAAGUGCGGAAGGCGUACCACAGGAUGUCCCUGCGGGUGCACCCGGACCGGGUGGACGAGGCCCAGAAGGCGGAGGCCACAGAGAAGUUCAAGGUGCUGGGCAAGCUGCACUCCAUCCUCAGCGACAAGGAGAAGAGGAGACUGUACGACGACACGGGAGAUUUGUCGGAGUGUGACGAGACGCGGGACUGGAGCGAGUAUUGGACCAUCAUCUUCCAGAAGAUCACGAUAGAAGACAUCAACAACUACGAGAAGAAGUACAAAGGCUCGGAGGAGGAGCGGAGCGACCUGAAGAGGGCGUACCUGAACGGCAAGGGAGACAUGGACUUCAUCUACGAGGCGGUGCCGUUCUCCAGCACGGACGAGGAGCCGCGGCUGCGCGGCAUCCUGCAAGAGCUGAUCGACGCCGGCGAGGUGCCCGCGUACAGGGUGUUCACCCACGAGCCCGCCCGGAAGAAGGAGCGGCGCAAGAGGAAGAUGGAGAAGGAAGCGCGCGAGGCGGCGGAGAUGUCACGCGACCUGGGGCUCGGCGAGCGAGACACGGACCUGCAGGCGAUGAUCCAGACGAGGCACUCGCAGCGCGCGGCCGAGAUGGACUCCUUCCUGGACGCGCUCGCUGCCAAGUACGCCGCGCCCAAGGGCAAGGCCGCGCCCAGAGGCAAGGUGACGCCCGACAAGCGGGGCAGGAGGAGCAAGUAGUCUCUCGACACGGUGGCAUGCCGGAGAGGCGCGGCCGCCACCCGCACGGACGCGGUCGUCAUCACCGAGUGGAUUGUUGAACUGCUCUCGUGGACAAGACAUUUUUUGAUGAUGUUCAAUAUUUUUGUAGCAUGUGUUUUGGUGUAUUAAAUAGGUUCACUGUGUAUAUAAUACAGUGCUCAUCUGUAAUAUAAACAAGGAUGUGCCAAUCAAAUACUCAUCAAAUCAUUAAUAUUCGAUAUUCGAGGAAAAAGAUUUGAAGAAAGUUAUUAGAGGAAAUGAAGUAGAUUAAAAAAAUCAACCCUGAUAACCUCUGAAGUUUACUAGUUCAAUUUUUUGAUAUCUAUCGUCUUACCACUCCUCAAGAUAUUGUACUUUUAACAUGCAAUUAUAUAAAUAAAAUUGUAAUGUGUAUUGUUUCUGGAAAUCUGUUUAUAAAUGAAACAUAUAAAGCGUUGAAUUUGUCACCACCAAAA